UGAUUUGUAGAUCAGUCAGUCGGCAUUCGCCUGCAAUCGUUUUGAUGCUCUCAAACACGGCUUUUGUUUUGGGAGCUUUUAGUGUAGGGGUGUCAAACUCAUUCCAUGGAGGACCUAUGUCUGCCGUUUUUUUUUUCGAUUAAGACCUAGAUAACCAGCAGGAGAUCAGUGCCAGAAUGGUUGUGUUGUCUAAAGAAUAUGGGUAUGUGGUUCUCACUGGUGUUGCCAGCAUGGUCAUGGUUGCCCACCUCGCUGUGAAAGUUGGCAAAGCUCGCAAGAAGUACAAGAUCAAUUACCCUCAGAUGUACAGCAAUGAUCCAGACUCUGGAAAUAUCUUCAACUGCAUCCAGCGAGCCCAUCAGAACACUCUGGAGAGCUACCCUGCUUUCCUCUUCAGUCUGGCCAUUGGUGGUCUGCAUAGUCCUCGCCUAGUCAGUGGACUUGGAAUGACAUGGGUUAUAAGCAGGGAGAUCUAUGCAUACGGAUACUCCACUGGAGAUCCUAAAAAAAGGAUGCCGGGGUUAUCCGGGAACAUCGCUCUGCUGGGCAUGAUUCUGACCGUAGCCAACUUUGGCAGAACCCUGUUAGGCUGUGGUGACUGGGUGAGGCCCGGGAUGAGACCAGGAUGAGGUUCUCAGCUCCCUUUCCUGCUACCAUUCCUCAGUGAGAGGCACUGCAACCCCACCUGACCUCAGUCUAUUAGUAGUUGUAGGAUGUCCUUUGUGGGCAUCCGUACUUGUGUAUGAUAUGUACAGACAGAGUUCAGUAAACAUUUGGAAAGAGA